GAUUAGCAGAAACGAAAUUUUCUGUGAGCGAUCCCUUCUCUCGUGUUGUUUGCUGUGUGAUUCAUUUAUCAGCGAUGAUAAUAAAUUUAACGGAUUUAUUUACGCGGUGUGUGUUGUGUGUGUACGUGUGUUGUUUAUAUUCCUAGACUUGGUCGGAUUUAUUUAUGUCUUGUGUUGGCCAUUCGGAGAGAUAGUUUCAGUAGAUAGUACUAUGGCCUCGGGUUCAAACUCUAUCGUAGAGGACUGGCUACGGUCAGUGGAUUUAGUCCAAUACACGCAGUCGUUUCUUGACAAUGGAUAUGACGAUUUGGAGGUGUGUAAACAAAUAGGCGAGGAUGACCUAGAUGCUAUCGGAGUACCCAGGGACGAACACCGAGAAAAAUUACUGAGGGCUGUGAAAGUUCUGAGGGAAGAAGGCGGCACCGCCGUGUAUUUCACUUUGGAGGAGUGCGAGACUUGCCAGAGCGGGGACGAAACCGAAGUAGGCGACGGUAAUGACGAGGAUCUGUGUCCGUCUUCUGUUCUGGGGAAAAAGUCUGGCGGUGGGGCUAUGAGACUGGACGCUUACGACAUGGGAAAGACAACGUUGGUGACGUAUUCCAAGGUCCAGCUUAAGCUGAUCCUUCGUGACAAACUAGUGGAGGACAACAUUGACUUGGCCGGACCCCCAUUCACAACCUCGGACCUGGCCGUGUGCGGCAGCAGUCUGACGGCGUUGGCCAUCCGGUUCGCAGAGGAGCUGAAGACCCACUUUAUUGACGUGCUGGAGAGGUUAGAGGAGCUGUGGAUGGUUGCUAGGAACAACGAGAGUUUUUGUUCGCAGCAGAUGUGCCGGAGCCCCUCCCGAGGUAUCUACGGCGGUUCUCAGUCCCUGCACUACGGGUACCCCGCCCACUACCACCACCACCACCAGCACCUGCUUCACUACCCGGGGAGUCCCAGGAACCAGCCCCCGCCACUCCCCUCAUGUCCGCCGCCCCCCACUAUGUCAAGCACCUACAUAGACCGCUGCUCCAGCCUACAGACACACCUGGAAGGAGGUCACAUGAGGUAA